AGGAGGUAACCUGAUCGAUCUGGGAGGAGUGACUUUACCAGGGAAGGCUUGAACAAAAAAAUGUCUUCUUCUUCGGCCGGAGAAGUCACAACAGCAAAUGACAUCAAGAGGGAAAAUGUGAAGGAGGUGGAUAAGCGGGAGUGCAUCAAGCUUGUGGCGCUGGACGCGGCGGAGUUGUCCAUGGAGCGCAACACGGACGCGGUGCGCACGGAGCUGUUGGUGAGCGCCGCUUCCUCUCUGGCUUUCUCCCCGGAGCAAGUGGCGUGUGUCUGCGAGGCUUUGCAGCAGGGAGGUAAUGUGGACCGGCUGGCCAGGUUCCUGUGGUCCCUUCCACAGAGUGACCUGCUACGCGGCAACGAAAGCAUCCUGAAAGCCCAAGCCCUCGUUGCUUACCACCAGGCUCGGUAUCAGGAGUUGUACAGUAUUUUGGAGAACCACAGUUUCAGUCCGUCCAACCACACCUUUCUGCAAGAUCUAUGGUACAAGGCCCGGUACACUGAGGCGGAGAAGGCGAGGGGGAGACCCCUGGGCGCCGUGGACAAGUACCGGAUCCGGAGAAAGUACCCUCUCCCCAGGACUAUCUGGGACGGCGAGGAGACUGUGUAUUGUUUCAAGGAGAGGUCCCGAAACGCGCUGAAGGAUCUGUAUAACCAGAAUAGGUACCCCUCUCCUGCCGAGAAAAGAAAUCUCGCCAAGAUUACAGGACUCUCCUUGACCCAGGUCAGCAACUGGUUCAAAAACAGGAGACAGAGAGACAGAAACCCGUCCGAGGCACAAUCAAAAAGUGAAUCUGAUGGAAACCACAGCACAGAGGAUGAGUCGAGCAAAGGCAAUGAGGAGUUGUCUCCCCGACCACUCUCUAACUCCUCAGAUGGGGUAAUCCCCCAUGGGACCCUUCCAAUUCAAACAGGGCCUCUGGACAGUGGGGUGGUCAUCCAACAGAUUGGGGACAUCAAACUGCCCCCUGGAUCCAGCAGUGGCAGUCUCUACAAUGGAAGUCUAGUGACCAGUAACCCCUCCUCCACUGUGUUUCACAAUGGUGGCUCAUCUUACCUCCACACACCUGGAAACAUCCUCUUCAACGGGCUCAAUUUAGGCAUCCAGCCCUUGGCCUUCAACCCUCUGAGACCGUCUGGAGGGGUGCUGCUGGGGGGCUCUGGUAUGGACAUGCAGAUGCAGACAGGACAGGAGAAGGGACUGGGCAAUUCUGCUGAGGACUCUGCCCUCCAGUAUGCCUCCUACUCGGGUUGUGUGAACGGAGCAGAGGUGAAGUUGGAGGGGGUUCACACCAUGGCUGCCCAGAACGGAGGCUCCUCUGUGCUCACGUUCAGCUCCUCGUCAGGUGCGCUGCAGCUGGGUGGCUACAGUCUGGUCCAGGUACCAAGUGGGGUCUCUGACAGCGAUGGCAGCUCAUUACUCAACAGCAACGUAGGUCUUCCUCCACUGCAGCUCUCUUCCCGCUCAUCUUCCUCAACAGUCACACAACAAGGUACCAUGCCUCUGAACAAUGUAGCAGUGAGUUCCUCCAGUGACGACUCGUUCCAGCAGCAGGACAAGCUGACCAUGACGUCCCUGCACCACAGCACAGUCCUCUACAGCAUGAGCAACACCGGCCAGCAGGCCAUCAAGAAGGAGCCUCUGGAGGGAGGCGUGUACUCCUCGUACCACCACGGACUCCACCUGGACCCCAGCGGUCAGCUCAGCUACACCACCCCCAACUCAGAAGAGGUUCCUUCCAGCCAAGGUCCCGCCUUGACCACCGAGGUCUCCGCUGUCAGCUCGUCCAGCCCUGAGCCAGAGGUCUACACCACCCUCACUGUUAGCACGCCCCUGAUGGCUCAAACGGACCCCGGCAGCCACCACCUCCAGCCCGCAGAGUAUCUCAGGGGCCACGAAGUCCGGGGGCCCUCCUCGCAUCUGAUGGGCCCCUGCAUGAACAACAACUACAUGAACCUUGUAGAGAACAAGGUGGACGGCACGGGCUCAGGAGGCGUGAGUGAGAUGAUGCGGGCGAUGUGUGGGGAGAUGGAGGCUGUGGAGGGGAAGGAGCUAGCCAAACUACAGACAGUGCAGAUGGAGGAGGACAUGGCUGACCUUUAACCUCUCUCCUCUCGCAGAAGCACUCAUGUCCCCUCAAGCAGUGAUAUGGUGAAUCUUUUUACUUUUGUGUGCGUGUGUGUGUGUGUGUGUGUGUGUGUGUGUUUUUUUUACCAUUCAUUUCCUCUAAAUGUUAAAUUAUUUGUGUUCAUUUGACUUUUACAAUGCACUCUAUUGUCAGAGGGGAGCCCUGUGGGUGAGCAUUAUCAGUUUAUGAUUAAAAAAAAAGUCUAUUACAUGUUUUAAAAGCUCCGUUCAUAAGAUGAAACAUAACGACUGUUACAUGCUAACAGAAGAAGUCGCUGUAUGUGUUCGAGCCAUGUUUAAAUGUGCAUUUUUAUAGACAACACCUGCUACUUCCCGUUGAGUGGAUUUGAUCUGUAGGAGCAGGUGCUGGAAUGCCUCGAGUCAUGUGACCAGGAUGUUCCUCCAAACUAAAUGCGUCAUAUGGGUCAAACCAAAAAGGUCAUUCAGUAGGGGGAAGAGGGAGAGAGCCUCUGUGAAAACAGUCAGAUAAACAGCGACAGCUUUACGAAAGGACUAGGAAAAAGUGUCCUUCAGAAAUCACGUUAAAUUUUCUGAAGAUCUCUCAAGUCACUGCAAAACCCUGUUAUUGUGCUUUACAUCAUACCAAAUGAACUAGGAGUGUUGGACUAGAAUUAAGACGAAUGUGCCUUUCUGCUUCUUAAAAUACCCAAUGGCAUUGAUCUGUUUUGGCAUUUGCACUACCAUGAUGACAUUACAAUGUAACAUGUUUCAAACAGCCUUCAUGUUGGAGGGUUUGUCAUGCCUGACACACCUCAACAAAUACACACUAUUUCAGUAAUGACUCAAAUAUCAAGCCUCAUCGUCAACCUGUGAGACCAAGAUAUGAAUGAAGAUCUAAAGGUCACGUUGUCGGUUCACAUUUUCGUCGAAUGUUGUUUAUAAUGCUGCAACUCAUAGUAUGUUAACUAGAUGUGAUGAUGCUAUACUAUAUCCUGUUUCAUUUUGAUGUGUCUAUCCAAAUGUCAGUAAACAUUAAUGAUAUUUUUCUAUAAAGGGAUUGUAAUAGUCUCUUUUUGCAUGGCAUCAUAAUGUUUUGGACACUAGUGCCUUUUACUUUUGUUUUGUGAAUAACACUGAAAGUAAGCUCAGUCGUAGCUCUUGGUUGGCAUGCAGGCUGUGACAUUGCAGCUUCAGAGAUUUACCACCACCGCCGCCAUCACUGGCACAUUUGUUGGGUGUCAGUUGAGAGAAAGACAAGAGAAUGUGGAGCCCAUUUGUCAAGUGUGUCCAGUGCUUUUCACAACAGGAGCCUAAUUCCUCGCUGUCAUACAUGACCAUAAUAGCACAUUUCAGCCUCACAGCCAACUCACACCAUGUGCAUCUAUCUGUGCAUCGCAUGUCUUCAUAAAAGUGGACUAGUAAUACUUUUCUUUGGAUUUAUGACAUAAUCCCAUCAAUUGGAAUGAACGUUUCAAUGAAAGUAUCCUCAGUGCUUUAAUGUCAUACCAAAAAUGAGUCGUGGGCAAAUAGAAUAAAACUGAUGGUCAUUU